UUCAUUGCGAUGGUACAGUCAGUGGACACUAUGGCGCUGGGCAGAUUUGGUAAAUGUUGUCGGUCAUUACCCUAUUAUCCAUGUAAAGGAGUAUUUUUAGGUGUUUUACAGCCAGGAUGGAUUGAAAGCUGUACAGGAGCGAAGAGGCAUCUGUUGUCAGAGGAUGUUAUCAAACUUCAUGACUUUCAGCAAAGGAAACUGGCCGUGGCUCACCUCGUCACUGGAUCGAAAGGAAAUUGUAUUGAGCUAAUCAGCGAGAAGCUACGAAGGAAUGAGCUGAUACUGAGAGAUGAGCUGAAGCUUCUCCUUCACCUGUGCCAGUCUGCUGAUGACAUGGUGAUAGCCAGAGAUGUCAUCUAUAGGUAUCACGCAGAGAACCGAAACUUGGCAUAUGGAGAGUUUAAAUUUGGUCCUCUCUUCAUGAGACUGUGCUAUGAGCUGGGUCUGGAGGACAUGGCUGCUGCUACACUUACAGAUGUGAGAAUGAGAGGGUUUUUCAAUGACGCAACGUCCUUUAACAUCGCCAUAGACAUGUUAUUCACAAAAGGCUCUUAUGAAAAUGCUCUGGAGGUACUAAGAACAAUGAGGAACCAAGGUGUACCGUUCAACAAAGACACACACACACUGGCAGCUGGUACCUGCUAUAAACUGAACACAACAGACUCCUACAAGAUCUGCAUUGCCCUGAUAGAGGAGGGACAGACCAAAGGGCAGUUCAUCCCCAGACAUGCUUACUGCUUUGCUGUAGCAUUAGCACUUAGGCAGAAUGACAUUGAAAAAGCUCAGUCAUUGUAUUCACACAUUAUGAGCACAGACAGCAGAUUAUGCCAAAAUUUAAAAAUUGUAAUACUAGUGAUGUCAGGAGCAGUGAGAGAGGCCAUUUCCACCCUGUCUGCAGCCGUGUUGCCUAAAAGCCCUUUUUUUGUGAAGAAGCCCGAGUUUUCACAGGACGUGGUGAAUUUACUGCGCUUGCGGAGUGAGUGUGGACCACACAUGAUGGAAGUGGAGCGGACAGUGACUCGGCUUGAACAAGCCGGUCAGUUGACUCAGCAGACCCUUGACGGCAUGCUGUGCCACACACCCAGAGGGAAGAGGAAACUAGCACCAAUACUGGAGGAGAGGAGGAUCAGCCGAAGGACUCUGAGGCCCCUACAGUCCACUCUGCUGUCUGAAUGAGGAAGCCUGCCUUAGGUGUUGGAGCUGGUCACUUAAACACACACAGAUGACUGUCACGAUUAUCUACUUCUCCUUAAACACAGACAUAGUCAUCCCCCUGCAGAUUGGGCUUCCUAUCCAACAUUUGACGAAAGAGGUCACAGUUCAAGUUUAUGCAGAAGGCACUUAAAAAGAAAAAAACCUUGUAAAUUGGUAUUGCAUUUCCUUGUAAGAAUCUCAUACGGAUAACAUAAGUGAUUGGGAAGAAUGUGUUGUGUGAUUAAAGAUGAAUUGGAUAUUUAAUAAUGAAAAAAA